AUGCAGACCUCCAAGAUCUCUGAGCCUCGCAUCAGCGAAAAAGCACCGCCGACCGUACCGUACGUGCCUCCCCGUUACGAAUCCGCACCAGCGGACAGGUCAAGACUUGCGGAGCCGCUCAAGUUCCACUUCUCGGGACGCACGGCGCCGAAUCGCUUCAUGAAAGCGGCCAUGACAGAGCAGCUGUGCACGUACGACCCUGAAAAUGCCCAGAACAACGGUAUCCCCACUGAGAACAUUGAACGGGUCUACGAACGGUGGGGCCGCGGUGGCAUCGGCCUCAUCCUAUCUGGCGAUGUCAACACCAGCCUAACCAGCAUUGAAUCCAUCGGUGACCCAGUCAUUCACCCGGAGGCGACCUUUGAUGGCCCGCGUUUCGAGGGCUUCAAGGCGAUGGCUCGCGCAGGCAAAGCUCACGGCUCCCUCAUGGUCGCGCAGGUGUCGCACCCAGGCCGCCUGUGCGUGUUUGAAAAAUCACCUGUUUCGGCCUCUGCUAUCGAAGUCAGUAACAACGGGCAAGGCGACGGCAUCUAUCGCUACCCCCCACCGCACGCAGCGACCCACGAAGAGAUCCAAAGGCUCAUCAAGGGCUUUGGACACGCUGCUGAGUUCUUGCACCGCGCGGGCUGGGACGGCCUCGAGCUCCAUGGUGCACAUGGUUAUCUGCUGGCGCAGUUCCUCAGCCCCAAGACAAACAAGCGCACCGACGAGUACGGCGGCAGUCUGACCAACCGCAUGCGCUUCGUGCUCGAGAUCGGGCGCGAGAUCCGCCGCCGCACCCCGCCAGACUUCAUCCUAGGCAUCAAAGUCAACAGCGUCGAGUUUCAGGACACGGGCUUCAUCACGGACGAGGCGCGCGAGCUGAGCAUCAACCUAGAGCGGGAGACCUUUGACUUCAUCGAGAUCACGGGCGGUACCUACGAGAAGAUCCUCAUGUAUCACGGGUGGCGCGAGACCACCAAGCAGCGCGAGGCGUUCUUCCUCGACUUCGCCGACAAGAUCGUGCCCAGUCUCACGGGCAAGACAAAAGUCUACGUCACCGGGGGGCUACGUACCGUGAGCGGCAUGGUCGAGGCGCUCGACUCCGUCGAUGGUGUGGGUCUUGGCCGACCGCUGACGAACGAGUGGUUCCUCUGCAAAGACAUCCUCGAGGGCAAGGUCGACGCGGCCGUCAUCCCUGACAUCCCACAGGACAACUUCUGGCUGUCCCUGAUGGCGGGCAACAGGCAGAUGAGACUUGAGGUCGUUGAUGAGCUGAGGUCGUCGUACAACGACUGGGUAACCCAUAAGAGUACAGAUAAGGAGCUGGCGCGUUACAAACGGAUUGACAAGCCUCAUGCGCCCGACGCACGACCCAAUUACUAG